CACUCUGCAGUCAAGAUGAGUGCUGGGGAUGUGGUCUGCACAGGCUGGCUCAUUAAAUCUCCCCCGGAGAAGAAACUUAAGAGAUUUGCAUGGAGGAAACGCUGGUUUGUGCUUCGAAGAGGUCGCAUGAGCGGCAAUCCUGAUGUGCUGGAGUACUAUCAAAGCAAGAACUCCAAAAAGCCAAUCCGCACCAUCGACCUGAAAGAGUGCGAGGUGGAAAUGCUCAACGGGCAGCUUAGGAUAAAGCGAGACUUCCAUGGGAAGCACCUCUUUGUGGUAAAGACCUCAUCUCGUGUUUUUUACCUGGUGGCCAAAACUGAGGAGGAGAUGAACAGCUGGAUCAGUAGCAUCAGUCAAAUCUGCCAGUUUGGGAGCCUGGAGGACGCAGAGAGCUCAGAAGAAGGCUUUCCUCACACCCCGACCUCCCUUCAUCUUUCACCUGACAGCACUGACCGAGUGUCUGUAUCAAGCCAACCAGAUUCCAGUCACCCACUGGACUACCUAUUUCUCUCACAGUGUGAGACAGGGAGUGUAUGUAGAAAUGAGAGCUUUUCAAACUCUGAGAUCUCUCUAGAGCAGAAGUCGUCAGAUGAUGCUGCUGUCAGGGACAUUGUCCCAUCACCUCUUUACAUCGACUCCUCUUCAUCCUCCGUCUCUCACGCCAGCCCCAGUUCAUCUGUUUUCCUCCAUGGAAGGUUGUCUAACCUCCCUUUAAGCGCUCCAUGCACCUCCAUGGCUUUACCAUCAUCCUCUUCCUCUCCGCUACGUCACUGUGCCACAAGUGUCUUUCGGUUUGACAAGCCUUAUUCUCCUGCAUCGUUCGAGGCAACGAGCGACAGACAAACACCUCCUCCGCUGCCACCCAAGUCUAAUCACCUGCCAGAGCAGCUCAGUGAUGAAGGAGCUCAUAGGCCGAGGGUAACGAAUGCACAGCAUUUCUCAAACCACACUGCAUUACUUCUCCGGAGAACCUCUUUGUCAAGCCUGGACCAUAUCAGAACAGGAGAUGCUGAAAGCAGAUUGAUGAGGAACAGGAGGCAGAGUCUUAAUCUGCAGCCUUUUUUAAAUACCACACGAGUUCAGAGCUACCAGGAUGAGUCAUAUGUCCCCAUGGCUUCCCCGUCUCCCUCUGCUUCCACCACUGAAUCUGAUGGCUAUAUACCCAUGAGCCCCGGGACACUCGCUUUCCUCAAUACAAACUACAACGUUAAGUCCUCCGUGUCCCUCACCACACUAAUGUGUCAACCUGGAGAUCUCGCACCGCCUCCAAUUCACCGCCACCUCAAGCCUCGCUUGAGGAGAGCUCGACCUCCACCUCUUGACUUGAGAGGCCUCUCUACAAUCACAGAAUGUCCCACUCAUCUUCCUUUGAGCAGAGCAAUGACUGAAUCAUGCUUUCCAGUGAACUGUUUACCUCUUGAAAGAAGACUUGAAAAUGGGGGCAAUCCGAGAGAUGAUGACACAAACUGCACGCCAAUGGAGUCAAGGAAUCAUUUCUGCCUCAACUUUGAUGGAGCGGUUCAACCCUGGGCCAGACGAUCGAACCUUGACUAUCUGUCACUGGAUUUCAAUUCUGCAUCCCCCUCUCCUGUGCAGAAGAAGCCCUUUCUGUCUGACGAGCACCGAGUGGAUUACGUGCAGGUGGAUGAGAAGAAGACUCAGGCGCUGCAAAACACCAAAAUGGAGUGGACAGAUGUCCGACAGUCAAAAACAUAAAUGGAACAAAAAAUCAGGAACACUUGGUUUCAAGAAGACCAGCAAUAACACCAGCAGGGAGGACAUAACAUGAAGAGGACCAAAAAACAAUUUAAAAGCACUUUGAAAAACAGCACUGAAAAAAAGAGUACAAGAGUGAGUAAGCAGUUUGAUGCUUGCUUGCGGGGCAUAAAUACAAAAUUGCACUGUAAAACGUUCUCUCUCAGUAGAUCUACACUGUAAAUAAUACCAGAUUGUGCACUGUAUCACAAUGAUUUUUACCGUAGCAUUAAGUUUUCUCAAAUCUUGAAAAGGGCAUCAUAUUGCGUAUUGUACAAAAACAUGAGACUUGCUGUAAAUGUAUGUAUAUAGUUGUGUAUAGAAGACAAAUAUUUUGAUGAUAAAACGUUUUUAUAUAUGAUUCUUUCCCACAUUAUGUACCGUAAACCAAAACAAUCCAUCCUGAGCUUUCUCCUUCUCUCGCUCCUUCUGUGACCUUCAUAUUGAAGUUGUUUUUUUACUUAUUUUGGUACUUUGAUUUCCCUCAAGUCAUGGACACAGACAUUGUUUCCUGUAUACUGAGGUUUGAAAACUGAAUCUUUGGUGAUACUGAUUUUAAGAGACUCUUCUUUUUGUGGCUUACCUUAUCUGCCUCUAUCUGGAUAUCACAUCAAUGAGUCUAGUUCAACAGAAGCAAACCAUCAUCAAACCACCUCUGUUGUCAUAAACAAAAUAAAAAAAUUAUACUGAAAAAAUGUUGCUUUUUUGAACAAAAAGGCUGUUAAAAAUGGUUCACAGAUACCAUUUAUCCAUUUACAUUUUUUUCCCUUUCAUUUUUAAUUUAUUGUGUUUUGGUUAUUUAUUUAAUUAUAUUAUGUCUUGUGUCUCAUAUCCGUCUCCCCCUGGCAUUUUCUGACGUUUAUGCUCUGAUAAAUAA